GAGAGGGAGAGGGAGAGACAGUAGGUUCAGUGGUUGAUUCAAUAUUCAGAAACAGUAGAAAGACGGAGAAACAGAGACGGAGACAGUGAAAGUCAUACUGAAAGGAAGCAAAGGUAUACCAUUCUGUCGGUAUGGGACGCCCUCUGCUUUCGAGCGUCCUGGUGAUGUUGGCGCUCUGGUGCGCUUGUCCAGGCCACGCUACAGUGGUGCAGGACUUCAACCACGUGGAGAGGUGCAAGGACGCUCUGUACAUGGGCACCCCGCCCCGGGGCUACUUCACCAGCAGCCUGAAGAAGAUCUGCCAGCGCUACGAAGACAAGCCCCGCUACGUCACCCUCUACGACCCCCGCAAGCACAUUCCGGUCUAUUCCGCGUACACCUUCAAGAAGUCCGACGGGGAAAAGCAGGUGGACUUCCCGUGGAUGUACGAACCUCAGCUUGCCUCUGAGAAGGCAGGGAGCAACAUGGAGCCCUUCCCGCAGAGCCACAUGCACAUGAACUUCGAGGACACGCAGGCGGUCCUGGAGGACUACUCCGACGUGGUCCAGUACGAGCGCGGUCACCUCAACCCGGACGAGCACCAGGCCGACCCGCUGGACAAGGCCGCCACCUACACCCUGACCAACGUGGUGCCGCAGAUCCGCGCCUUCAACACGGGCCCCUGGUCUGACCACGAGGACGAGGUGCGCAAGACCCUCAACAACUUCUGCCGGGGCACGGCCUACGUGGUGACCGGCACCACCACCUCCGGGAACACGAUCCGGCGGGAGAACAUGGACCGCGUGGCCAUCCCAGAGUACAUGUGGACCGCCUACUGCUGCACCGACUUCGACCACAACGCCCCCUACACGGUCCGCUACAAGUUCCCCGUCUUUGGGGCCUACGCCCUCAACGACCACGUCAACAACCACGUGGUGGAGGUGCCCAUCAAAAACCUGGAGAAGUUCCUGAAGGGAAGAAUGGACGUAGACAGAAACUUCCAGAUCUUUUAUAACGACUGUGUCCCAGACUCCUGAC